AUUAUAAUAUUCCCUAUGGCUCAAUCCCGCUCUAUGAAAUGGAAUUGUUACUUGUUAUUUAAAUACAAAACCAAUAGGCGAUAACCGGUUGUACAUAUUUUAUUAUUGUGCUUUCUAGUUUCAGAGUUUGCUCUGUUGACUCUUUUAUUCGGUGUUUAUGUCUGUUUAGUGUUUUCUAAUCGUUAUUCGUUACUGUUAUAUAGUACUUGUUACUUGUUAAUAUGUAGUACUCGCCCGGAACGCAAACGCGCGGAUUCAGAUUCAGACACAAAAAUCAAGUUGGCCAUACAGUGUUAAAAACUAAACAAAAUGGAUAAAAGGCUAUUAAAUGUUAGCCUGUUAGGCUUGGCCUUCAUGUUUGUUUUCACUGCAUUUCAAACAAUGGGAAAUAUUGAAAAAACUAUACUAAAAAGUAUUCAAAAUGACUAUCCCUCAUUUACUGGUGAUGGAUAUACCAGUUUAUCCAUUAUCUAUAUUGUGUUUGCUUUAUGUAAUUGGAUAUCUCCAUCAAUUGUCAGUUUUGCAGGUUCUAGAUUAGCUAUGUUUAUAGGAGCAUGCUGUUACACUUUGUUCUUAGUAUCAUUUCUCUGGCCGACUACCUUUUUACUUUAUUUCAUGUCUGCAGUAAUCGGUUUUGGUGCUUCAGUUAUUUGGACAGGGCAAGGAGCAUAUUUAACAUUAAAUUCUGAUUCUUCUACAAUGUCCAGAAACUCCGGAGUAUUUUGGGCGUUGUUGCAAAUGAGUAUGUUUUUAGGAAAUACAUUUGUGUUUUUUGCACUUCAUGAUAAAAAUCAUUUGGAUGAAUCAACAAGAACAUUAGUCUUCACCGUCCUCAUAGCCAUAUGUUUUUUGGGUACAUUAUUAUUUUUACUUUUACGAUCGCCUUUAAGUUCAGAAGGAACUGAAAAUGAACGAGGAGAAACUUUAUCGCCUAUUCAAGAAAUAAAAAAUUCUCUGUCUCUUUUCCUAACUGAAGACAUGUGUUUGUUAAACAUGUCAUUUUUUUUUACUGGUUUACAUUUGUCAUUUUAUAGUGGUGUCUAUAGCUCAAGUAUUGGAUUUACCACAAAUAUGGGGACCAACAGUAAACAGCUUGUGGGUUUAUCAGGAAUCUUGAUUGGCGUUGGCGAAAUUUUAGGAGGUUUUCUGUUCAGCAUUUUGGGUAAAAAAACUUCUGAUAACAACGUUGAAUCCAAGGGAUUCAGUCAUUCAGCAGUGGUUGCUCUUGGUUUUAUUAUAAAUAUUGUUGCAUACGGUUUGAUAUUUAUAAAUUUACCAGACGAAUCACCAUUUGGUGAUACAACUGCCAAGUCAUUUAUUGAACCUAAUCAGUACCUAGCAAUUUUCUGCAGUUUUCUCUUGGGUUUUGGUGAUAGUUGUUUCAAUACUCAAAUUUACAAUGUCAUUGGACAAAGAUAUUCUGAAAAUAGUGCUCCAGCUAUGGCCUUGUUUAAAUUUAUGCAGUCAAUAGCUGCUGCCAUUAGUUUCUUCUACAGUAAUCAUUUCGGAAUGUAUGUUCAACUAACCUUGUUGGUGAUCACAUUAAUUAUGGGUACUCUGUCGUUUUUCAAAGUGGAUAAGUCCAUUGAUAACCGAUAUAAAGAAUUUUAGAAUUUUAAUAUUCAUUGGACCAAAUGAUUUGAACCAUAUAUGAACGUCAAGUUAUUUAUUAAAUAUUAUUAAGAAAAAUAUAAUAUGUGUGACUAGUGAAACUAGUGUAAUAGUAUAUUAACCAAAAAUCUCAAUUUUGUCAUACUAAAGAUAUUUUUUUCUAGGUUAAUACUUAAAUUAUUAAAAAGUUU